GAACGAGCGGAAGCGGACCAUCGUGAACGGAGCAGCCGCACACAUUCGCUGUCGGAUUGUUUGUCAAUAUCCUCUCCUCCUCCACCACCACCUUCGACGCCGCUUAUCCUCCCGCGUUUCAAAGUACGUGCCUCAUCAUUCCAGGACGAUCGUUGACGAGCACGCUCGUUAUACUGGCAUGACGGACGAUCGACGGCAUAUUCGGUAGUAGAAAGCAGUGGAGAUCAUCGUCACCACCACCACCUCAGCCUCCUCCUCUUCUUGACUCGCCCUUCACGCAACGCGUGUGACGUCCCUCUCUCCCCUUCCCUCCCCCUGGUCGCCACUAUCAGCCCCGUCGCAGCCGUCGCUGACGACGCCAGGACGCUGGAAUGCGCGAACGCGGUGAAUCAGCGAACACUCGCAGUAAGACACGCGUGUAACGGACAAUAUUGACACGACACGACGCGCGCGCGAGUGCACGUGCGUGCACACAUAUACACGCGCGCGACGAUGCACCGACGAGCUCCAUCCGUCUCGCCGUUGGCAGGAUGCACCAAUCCGUGACCUCGUCGCCGGCGGGACUCCGGGCUUGACGAGUGUAAACGGCUCCGGAACGUCGCGUCGUCGCUUUUAGUGAGAAACUCCAGAAGAAGUUCCGGGAGAAACUCCUGCGAACGUCUUCGUUGUAACGAACUGGACUCUGCGAGUUCGACAUCCAUAUGUCUUGAAACAGAAUGUAAGGAGUAUCUCGCUUUGGUUGAAGAAAAUACAAACAAAACAUACAAGGAGUGUCACUUGAAAGAAGAGAGUGACGUUGAAUCGAGUACAAUUUUAUUACAUUGAAGGAGGACAGGAGAAUACUGGAUUGAACGUGUGGCAGAAAGAAUUUCCAGUGUCUAUCAGUGAACGAAUUCACUAUCUGUGAACAAAUUCAUUGGAAGAAAAUGUGUAAUGUCAGAGUGAUACAAUAUAGAGACAUAGGUGGUCAAUACAGAGCGAUUAUUUAUAAUAGACUAUUAUGUAUCUCGCUUAGUUGAUGUACGGAACGUUGCCUUAGACAUUUGUCUAGCGCUUUUAUUGCAUAUCCUUAGUUACGCUCUAUUGGAAAAUAUCCGGUGUUCAUAAAACUGCUAAAUUUAAUGAGGCCGAAGGUGCCUCAAAAGAGGGGAAACUUUCUUUUGAGAAGGUACAGCGUUCUACGAUUGACUUCAACAAACAAUGAACCAUUCGGGAAGCGGAAAACGUCAGGCGAAGGUUUUGGAAGAAAAUUAUUGGGACUGUAGUGUCUGCACUUAUAGGAAUACAGCGGAAGCAUUUAAGUGCCUCAUGUGUGACGUCCGCAAAGGAACCUCUACGCGGAAACCCCGCAUAAACCCCCAAUUGGUAGCUCAACAGGUUGCGCAGCAACAAUAUGUACCACUGCUGAAACCAGGUAAGAAAGAAGGAAGUGGCGGUGGUAGCACGACCAGCGGCGUCAAGGAAAAGGAACGCAAACUGGAUAAGCUGAGGCGCAAAAACAGGCAUCCGCCGCGUCUGAAAAAUAUUGACCGUAGCACCGCGCAAUCGAACGAGGUAACGGUCAAUAAUGUUACCGUCACUAUCACGGAGUACAAGCCCAAGGUGAAAAAGGGCUCGGAUCAGUCGAGCAAUGCGAGCUCCGAGGGCGGGAGCCAGCACGAUUCGAAUCAGGACUCGAGAAGUCUCGAUGUAGGAACUGACGCCUAGUUUAAUGCUAAUGUUACAUAUGUGUGUAUGAAUUAUUCUAAUUAAUAUAUUAUAUGUAUAUGUCAA